AUGGCAUCCCUGAAGCUUGCAGUCGCAGCGGUCUUCGUCACCUUGAUGGCUGCUGCCAUCACUUCUGCCAGCGCGGAUUGCAUUGGAACGGGUCUGUCAAUCCAGAACACCUGCUCUGCCUUCACAAACCAGGUCAAGCAACAGACAGCCACCAUCAAUUCAGCCGAGUGCGCCACUCUGCGGUCCGAGGUGCAGAGCGGCAAGUACGGCACUCCCAGCGCCAGUUGCUGCUCGGACUCCAACUCCUUCUUUGGCGGCAACUGCCUCGACCAGAGGUUCAUCUACAACCAGGCUGUCGGCCCUGUAGGGUUCACCCCCGACUCCCUCAAGGCCGCUGCGACGGUGUCCGCCAUCUCCUGUGGCAACGGCGGCCGCAUGGCCCGUUGCUGA